AAUCUCAGACAAAACACACACUUGACGUUAAGCAAAAAGAGAUUAUUGAAAAGAAAAUCUGGAUAGUAUAUUAAUUAGAGCCCAUAUAGGUGUGUCAUUCAACAACAACAAAACAUAUAUAUAUAUAUUUUGAAUAUAUUUUUCAAGUCACACGUAUGUCAUGGAUUGUUCUAAACUAAGCCAGUAAAAACACAUAUUUCCCAACACAUUAUACAACCAAUAUUUUCCAAACGUUAAAGGUCACGUUUGAGGACUGUAUGUGUUGAUUUGACUGGGCAAUCCCGAAUGUCUCCGGGAAUUGCCGAAACCCGCGGUGUCUUCUGGGAAACUCCUAACUCGACAAACCGCCAUCUUUCUUUUUAGAGAGUUAGCAGGGCAAAAAAACAACCAGUUUUGAAUGAUAAUUUCUCCAAAGCAGAAUCGUUGAAGAACUUCCUCUUGAUCAGUUAUUGUUAAUAAUAAGUUUGAACAAUUGCGGGCGGAACGGAAUUCCAGAUAUUGCCCACAUAUCAGUCACAAGACACAGUGGUUUGGGGUAAGCGCUCUACUACCGCUAGUGGAGGUGGGUACCAUGGGCCGCUCUCGGAGCCGCAGCUCGUCCAGGUCUAAACACUCCAAAAGCAGCAAGCACAGCAAGAAACGGAGCCGCUCUCGAUCCAAAGACAGGGAGCGGUCCAAGAAGCGGUCCAAGUCCCGAGAAUCCAAAAGGAACCGUCGCCGAGAGUCUCGUUCCCGUUCCCGUUCCGCCACAGCCACGGCGCGCAGGGAGCGAGCAGCCACGCCGCCGGAGCGCAUCGACAUCUUCGGCAGGACUCUGAGCAAGAGGAACGCUCUGGACGAGAAGCAGAGGAAGGAGGAGGAGGAACGAAGGGUCGAGAUGGAAAGACAGAGGAAGAUCCGGCAGCUGGAGGUCGAGGAGAAGCUGAUCGAGGAGGAGACGGCACGGCGAGUGGAGGAGCUGGUGGCCAAGCGGGUGGAGGAGGAGCUGGAGAAGCGGAAGGACGAGAUCGAGCGGGAGGUGCUCCGACGCGUGGAGGAGGCGAAGCGCAUCAUGGAGCGGCAGCUGCUGGAGGAGCUGGAGAGGCAACGGCAGGCCGAGUUGGCCACGCAGAAGGCCAGAGAGGAAGAAGAAAAAUCUAAGCGGGAGGAGCUGGAAAAAAUCCUCGAGGAGAAUAACCGCAAGAUCGCCGACGCUCAGGCCAAGCUGGCCGAGGAGCAGUUGCGCAUUGUAGAGGAGCAGAGAAAGAUUCACGAGGAGCGCAUGAAGCUGGACCAGGACCGUCAAAAGCAGCAGAAGGAGGAGCAGAAAAUCAUCCUGGGCAAGGGCAAGUCCAGGCCCAAGCUGUCCUUCUCCCUCAAGGCCACCGAAUGAGACUGCUCCCCCCUGGUCCUCGUGUCCCGCCCCGCCUUCACCCCCAGCCCGCCCUCCUCCAUCAAUCUGCCCCACUCCUCCUCUGAGGAACGCUCGCUUCGUUUUGGAAGUGCUGAAGGAAGACCGAGGAAAGGGGCUCAGCCUGCUGUGUGAACUUGCUCUUCCCUGUGAAAGGCCCACUUCGUUUCCCCCCUCUCUCCCUCUCUCCCUCUGCACAGACCAACCGUGUGCUUUUUUUUCUUUUUCUCACCGGUUUCAUUUCUAUUUUUAGGGAACUCAAACUUUUGAUGUAGAAUGCUUUAACAUGUCCCUUUCCCCGAACGUCUUAACUCUGGUGUAACAUCGAGCAAUGUGUGCGCCUGCGCUCUUCUGACAUGUCGUCACAGCCAGCCGACGACAAGAGAACAUCAGUCCCCGAUGGAGCAGAGUGUGUGUGACUGUCUAGUUCAGUCCUCUGUAAAGGUUCAUGCGUGGCUUGGGAGUCGGCCUGUGGUUUUCCUGUCAUCAUUUUUUAAAGUUCUCCUAUCGGCCAGCCUAUAAAAGCAUAGUUAACUUCCCGUCCAGCUGACAGGUUUGUGUCUUCCACCUCCACGGCUUCCUUUGCCCAUGAGCUCUGUUCACCGUGUAAAUCUACAGCUACUGUUCGCUCUGCUUCAGCUCUGUCUGCCAUGUAUAUAUUUUUUUCUAAAUGACAGCAGCAUGUUUCGCUGAAGGGAAAUGUGAAGCUCGGUUUGAUUCGAGGUUGCUGCGGUGCAGGAGAACUCGGCCAUGACUCCCAAGCCGCCCGUGACGACCUGGAGCCUCCGACAGGAUGUGUGUGGGGCCUGGGGGGUAGAGGAGGAGGAGAGAGGACAUUUCCUGUAUGAUGUAAUUUUAUUAGCCUUGCUGUGAUGUGCUGACUCCCACAGUUAACAAAAAGUCCCAGUCAUGGUGAGCACCCAGCCAUCCAGCCCGUGUUGUCCCGGUUUAGUUGUAGUAAGUGAACUUGGCAAGGCGCCCGAUUGGUAAGUCUUGAUUCGUUUAGGUUGGACAAGUUCAGGUAAGCAGAGGUCAGCAGCACUGAGAAUGAGCGUGUGUGUUGGUGUGUUUGUGGUUGUGAGUUACAGGCAGGCUGACCUCAGGUGGGUAUACUGACUUUUUGUUGUGUUGUGGGAUUUUGAAUUUGUCAUGUGAUUUCCCCCCAAUUGUUAAGGGGCUGAACAGUUCAAUAAAACAAUCCAUUGAAUGCCUCCA